AGUAGGAGAGACAGAGAGAGAGGGCGAGAGAGAGAGAGAGAGAGAGAGAGGAGAGAAGGAAGAGGAGGAUACAGAUCACAUACACUUUUAUCAGGAGAGUGAAAAAGAGUGAGAGAGAAAAAGAGAGAAAGCAAAGUCUACCUACUAGAGGGGAGUGUGUGUGGUGGGGAAACACAAGACUCAAUUGAGACUUGUUCCUGGGCUGGGACCCCUGUGUGAGUGCAUGGAGUAAGAGCAAGCCCUUGGGAGGAGCAGAGCACAACCGAGCAAGAAACAGAGCGAGUGAGAGCUUCUGUGAGAAACACAGAGAGAGAUAGAGAGAGAGUGAGAGAACGUGAGCUGUACCCAGUGAAAAACAUGCAGCCCCUCAGCUGGAUCGGUGCACUCUUCUUCCUGUUCUAUGUUUCCUCUGGAAAUGCAGACGCCAACAGGCACCGCAGACAAGUCCCCGCCGGUGGCCAACCAGGUGUGUGUCGCUAUGGCAGGAGACUAGAGUGUUGCUAUGGCUGGAAAAAGAACAGCAAAGGACAAUGUGAAGCUCAGUGUGAACAUGGCUGCAAGCACGGAGAGUGUGUUGGCCCCAACAAAUGCAAGUGUUACCCAGGAUACACCGGAAAGACGUGCAAUCAAGAUCUGAAUGAGUGUGGCCUGAAGCCCCGUCCCUGUGAGCAUCGCUGCAUGAACACCCAUGGCAGCUACAUGUGCUACUGCCUCAACGGUUACACCCUAAUGCCUGAUGGCUCCUGUUCCAACUCCAGGACGUGCUCCCUGGCCCACUGUCAGUAUGGCUGCGAGGAGGUACAGGGGGAGAUCCGUUGUCUCUGCCCGUCUGCAGGUCUGCAGCUGGGGCCAGACGAGAGGACCUGCGUGGAUAUUGAUGAAUGUGUAACUGGGAAGAACCUGUGCCAAUACAACAGACAGUGUGUCAACACGUUUGGCAGCUACUACUGCAAGUGCCAGAACGGCUACGACCUGAAGUAUGUUCAUGGAAAAUAUGACUGUGUAGACAAUGACGAGUGUGCGGACAACACACACAAGUGCAGCCACCAUGCAGUCUGUCUAAACACUCAGGGAUCCUACAAGUGCAAGUGCAAACAAGGCUUCCGUGGCAGUGGCUUCGAAUGCUCUGUCAAGCCCUUUUAUCAAAGCUCGUGGGACCAGGGAGACAAAGGCAGUACAGAUGAUAAUUUCCUCAAUGAUGACAACAUCUCCCUUUCAGCAUUACAGCAAAAAUGGAGAAGGCAAGUGAAAGGGGGAGAAGCUAUCCCAGACUCCCCAGUGAGACCCAGACUGCCAGGAAAGCUGGACAAUGAGCAGAUCAAGAACAUCAUCCCCGAGCCCCAAGUGACCGUCCCCCCUCAGAUCCGCAUGCAGCCCUUCGACUACGAUGGCGAGACCUACAUCGGUGGCUCAGAGAAGGUGGGCCAGGUGGACUUCACUAAUGUAGGGGAGGAGGAAGAAGAGGAAGAGGAGGCAGAUGUGGACAACCAACUCAAUCCAAGAGGAGAUGUUUUCACAGUUCCAGAGGACUUUGAGUCAGUAUUUGGUCCUGAAACGGAAGUCAAAGAGAUCGAAAUAACUCCAGCACAGGAAGAGUUCUUCAUGGACUGCAACUUCGAUCAGGGCGCGUGUGAGUGGGUGCAGGACAAGGACGAUAACUUCGACUGGAGCGUGUCCUACCAUGAAAAUGGUAUGGAGUAUUACAUGGCUAUGAGUGGUCUUCUGGGGGAGAAGAAGGACCAGGCCAGGCUAAAGCUACUCAUCAGUGACCGGGCCCAGCAGGGAAGCUUCUGCCUCACUUUCAACUAUCGCGUCACGGGCAACCAGGUGGGCUCGCUGCGGGUGCUGCUGAACAACAAUGCCUACCCGGUGUGGGAGCAGAGCCGCAGCCGAGACCAGGACUGGCAGACAGAACUGCUCACUGUAGCCUGGAAGAACCAGGCCCCAGAAUCUAUCAUCUUUGAAGCUGAGCGUGGGAAUGGAGUUAGGGGAGAGAUUGGGCUGGACAACGUGGUGCUGACCUCAGGCUCCUGUCAAGAGGAAGAUGCUGCCAUCUUUUAAACUGCUCAACUCAGUGAACCUGUAGAAUCAGUCCACUGUGUUUGACACACACCUCAAAGGCAGAGCUAGCAGAAGUAUCUACCUUUAGUCUGCUCUUUUCAGAGAGCACACACACACACAUCUUCAUAAUCCCAAACUAAGGGUGUAUUUUUUUUGCUGUACUGUAUGUGCAACAAGUAUUGUUCAGCCGUCCACAUAGGAAAGUGUUGCACAAGGGUUUGAGCAAUAGUAUGUGGAGGGAUUUCUGCAAGUUUACAAGACUCUGCUUUUGAACUUUUCCUUUAAUUUGAGCCACCAAGACAAAGAGUAAUGUCCACAAAUAAAUGAUCCGAUACAUAUAUACAGUGCGGUUUUCAAUAUUCACAAAUACUUUUAAUGUUAUUCAAAUAUUUUCACAUUAAAUAUCUGGUUUUUAUAUGUGAGGAUAUGGCAGGCUUGUCUACAAAAAACAAUAUUGUGUUGCUUUUUCAUUUUCUAAGUGAUAGUGAAAUAUUGCAGUUAGCUGCAAUAUAGAAAUAAAUAAGAUAUACUAAGACGUGUAGUUAUGUGAAAUCAAAAUAUGAAUAUUAGAUUAAUCAAGAAGCCUUCACUUGAAGGUUACUGAGUUUUAAGAUCAUAUUAUGUGUAUGUAACAAUGAAUAAACUGCUGUAAAUUGUGCUUUCAUAUCGUAAUACAUAAAAAAUGUUUUUAUAAGGA